CCCGGAGUUAUUUCCUUGUUGGGUCAGCUGAUGCGAGGCUUCGCCCUGCUUUGCGAGGGGAGCGUCUGGCUGGAAGGUUGUGAUGCUGCGCCCAAAGGCCCUCACGCAGGUGCUAAGCCAGGCGAACACGGGAGGAGUCCAGAGCACCCUGUGAGUACUUGGGCAAGCAGAGCUGGUGGGGCUUACUCGCGAGUCGCAAGGGUUGCACUGCAACUUAUGGAACUCACCGCUUCAAGGUGUAUUUGGCUAGCUUUAAUAAUAAUAACCACUUAGAGGGAAUCUAGGAGGGGAGCUUUAUAUUGCUGCACGUAAUGAAGCAUUUGAAAAGGCUAGCAAAAGCAGAAUAAAGGUAAAGGGACCCCUGACCAUUAGGUCCAGUCGUGACCGACUCUGGGGUUGCAUGCUCAUCUCGCUCUAUCGGCUGAGGGAGCAGGUGUUUGUCCGCAGACAGCUUCCAGGUCAUGUGGCCAGCAUGACUAAGCCGCUUCUGGCGAACCAGAGCAGCACACGGAAACGCCGUUUACCUUCCCGCUAGAGCAGUACCUAUUUAUCUACUUGCACUUUGACGUGCUUUUGAACUACUAGAUUGGCAGGAGCAGGGACCGAACAACAGGAACUCACCCCAUUGCGGGGAUUUGACCUGCUGACCUUCUGAUCAGCAAGUCCUAGGCUCUGUGGUUUAACCCACAGCGCCACCCGCGUCCCUUACAAAAGCAGAAUACAGUACUCUAAAACGCAUGAAGCUUUUAGCAUGCCAUUUGAGGGUAUCGUUUAUCCCAAACGAAGAUUGAGACUGAUCCAUGCAAACACCAGUACAAUUCCAGCUGCCGUAUUCAUUUCAGCCUUGUAGUCUUUUCUUCAGUAGCAUAAAUGUUGUAAAUCAUGGUUUAACUACUCUAGAACUUCAGGCUUGAAUUGGUCAAGAGAGUGUGUUUUCUGUCUCUUUCUGUGUGUGCAGCUGUGCAUAUAUAAUUUUAUAUAGCAUUUCGGUUCCUUUUGUUAGCAAAUCAUACUUGCAGUGUGUUUAUGUGUGUGUACUGGACUGCUACACUUCAGGCUGCAGAGGCUGAAUUAAAGCAGUACGUUGCAAAUAGUUAGGUGCAGGUCUGUAAACAUGACUGUGCAAAAUGUCAGUUGCGCAUGCUGUUUUAAUUUGCUGCAUGGACAUUACCCUCCUAUGAGCGCCCAUCAGGUUACAAAUAAAAGUAUCUGUUAAUCUCUUUCAAAAUCACUUUUAGACAUAGACACAAUUCUCUAGGACUAUUUAAUUCUCUUUGCUGUUCCUCUUUAGCCUUCUGAACAAUGAGGGCUCUCUCCUUGCAUAUUCUGGUUACGGAGACACAGAUGCCAGAGUCACAGCUGCCAUCGCCAGCAAUAUCUGGGUGGCUUAUGACAAGAACGGGCACCAAGCGUUCAAUGAGGAUAACUUGAAGUUCAUCCUAAUGGACUGUAUGGUACGUAUCAUGAGGUGUUGAAUAUCCUGGCAACCUCUGCUGCUGCUGGUUCACUGGGAUACCUCGGUCACUGGGAACAUUCAUUUCAGGGAUAGAACAAAACCUCAAAUCCCCAGGUAUGGCUGGAGGCACACCUUUGUGGCAGCACAUUUUUUCAUGCAUGAUGAAAUGGCACAUCUGGAAAUCUUUGAGGAGCGAUAUUGGAAGGAUGGAACAGGGUGGUUGUGGGAUACCCUGUAUACAGUCCGGCCUCUGUUAGCGUUGGGCUGGAGAUCGACAAGAGGCUAGAAGAUACAGCUGGAGUCAGAACAUGGCUUCAUAAUCACAUUUUCUUGCUUAAGAGUGGCUCCACUACAAGGGAGCACUUGCCUGGAGAGGUUUCCAGCAGUUUUUCCACCAACCUGCAGAGAAAAGCUUGGAGGGUGGAGGUGGGAAAGUUGGCCCAUGCUGUGCACUGAAGCCCUGGCAAUCUGCUGAUUUAAUGGUGCAUGCAAAGCCCUCUGCACAGGGUUUUGCCCAGGGAUUUGCAGGUGUUGCUGAUCAGCCCCUGUGGGGUUUGCCCUUCUGGAUGUCAUGGCAACAAGGAGGCAAACUUGCCAGCCACUGUUUUGCAUGGUGACUUAAUUCAUAGAAUUGUAGAGUUGGAAGAGACCCAAUGGUCCUGGAGUCCAACCUCCUGUAAUACAGGGAAUUGAGUCUGCAUGUCUGUUGAGGGGGCCACUUGAGGUCCUCAGCUGCCCAAAUUGCUACCUGGUGAGUGCGAAGUGUAGUUGGGCUGUGCAUUAGCCAACAGUCACAAUAGGUCGGAUGUAUUCAUCUCAUGGUGGUGAAGCAAGCCCUGUAGGCAUCAUGCAGCCUGGAGCUGCUCCAGCAAGCACCAGAGGAGGCCUUUAAGGAAUUCAUUUAUUACACUGAUAUCCCAGCUUUCUUGCAAGGAGCUCAAGGCGGCAUACAUAAUACUUCCUCUUCCCAUUUUAUCCUCACAACAGACCAGGGAGGUAGAUUAGGCUGAGAGGCAGUGACUGGUCCAAGGUCACCCAGGAGCUUCAUGGCGGAGUGGUGGCAAGAGCCCCAGUCCACUACAACCUCACUGGUAGACGAAGGUAGGGGGUCCAGAAUCUCCCUUCAUUGUGGGACACUUUCUUCAGAGCUCUUAAGGGGGGGGGCUUGCCCAUAGGCUAUAUCUAGCAUUCCCAAAUGGCUUUGUGGCCCCAGGUCCACCUUUUAAAAAAUAUUAUUAUUUCAGAGGAUUACCAAUGAACUACUAUUACUAUUUCAAUAGUGUAGAAGAGCUGGUGGGCAAGCCUUCUGGAAAGCAACCUUGAGAGGAGUGGUUUUUGCCACUCCCAUUUUUCUGCACAUUGGCCACGACCAGUUUGCCACACAGCCCCCAGAGGAUGAACAUGGCCCUUGGCCCGGAAAAGGUGUGCUGUCCCCGUAUUAAAAGUGGCAGAAAGCUUGUCUGAAUUUGAAUAGGGCAACACCUCUGUAGGGUGAGAAACCUGAAUGCCCUGCAGUCUGUGAAUAUUGUGCACUCAUAUUCUCUAUCCUCUCUACCCUACCCUGCACAAUGCAUAAAACGACCCAAGGAGGGCCGUGUUGCCAUCACCCGCGUUGCCAAUCUGCUCCUGUGCAUGUAUGCGAAAGAGACGGUGGGAUUUGGCAUGUUAAAAGCCAAGGUAAGGGGUCAACCUGCUCCUGGUUUUAUUACUUUUAUUCUUGUGGGGCAGCCCAUCUUGGAAGGUGACACAAGUAAAAUAACUACUUCCAGAGAGUGUCUCCUUGUAAGAGAUGCAGCAACACAUCCAGCCAAGAACCUUUGGUGCUUCCUCAAGGCAGCUUAUUGGGGACUCUUCUCUUCCUCCAUCCCACUCAUAGCAUUUUAUUGCAGGCAUUAAGGUCUCUGGGGUCUAAUUCAUACACAUACACCAUUUGACGGUUUUACAUUUGAUUUCUAUACACUUAGGUAUGGUCCAUAUGUGUCUGUACAUCAUUCGCUUGCUAUACUGUUCAUAGAAUUGUAGAGUGGGAAGGGACCACAAGAGCCAUCUAGUCCAACCCCCUGCAAUGCAGGAAUCUUUUGUCCAACGUGGGGCUUGAACCCACAGCCCUGAGAUUGAGUCUCAUGCUCUACCAACUUGAGCUACGAUUAGCAACUGAGUCACCUCAGCUCAUCCUGUUGAAAAGCUCCACAUUUCAUGUCAUGAGAGACAACGGCUUCAUUUUUACGUACCCCAAACUGGUGUUACAAGUAUGUGAAGCGGUGAGAUUUGGGCUUGUGGAUGCUUUCUGCCUCCUCCCCAGCCAGCACGUGGCCACAAGGAGUUAGGAAGCUUCUGCUUUUCAACAACUACAGUAGUACCUCUAGUUACAAACUUAACUCGUUUCGGAGGUCCUUUCUUAACCUGAAACUGUUCUUAACUAGAGGCGUGCUUUUGCUAAUGGGGCCUCUUGCUGCUGCUGCGCCGCUGACACACGAUUUCCGUUCUCAUCCUGGGGCAAAGUUCUCAACUCGAGGUAACUCUUCCAGGUUAGCGGAGUUUGUAACCUGAAGCGUUUGUAACCUGAGGCGUUUGUAACUCAAGGUACCACUGUACUCUUGUUGAGGGCGAUGCCUGAGCCAGUGCCCAAGUUUGCUUUACCUGAAUUCUGCAGAGGAGGUGGGCACACAGCCAACCAAUUCUUUCAACCCUAUGGGGAGGGCUGUAGCUCAGUGAUCCCCGGCAUCUGCAGAUAGUGCUGGGAGAGAACCCUGCCGAGCCUCUGUCAAUCACUGUAGGUAAUACUGAGCUUGGUGCACCAUUGGGCUGACUGUAUAUAAAGCGGCUUCCCAAGUUCCUAACCCGCCUGUCCUUGUGUUUUCCCAGGCUCAAGCUCUGGUCCAGUACCUCGAAGACCCGCUCACCCAGGUGGCUGCCUCCUGAGCAGGUGAUGGAGGCCAAAGGCGAGGCCGACCUGCUGCACCCGUUUCCUGUCGGGAGCGAGUUUCAGAACAAGCUCUUGCACCGAGGUGACCCUGUGGACUCUUACUUCUCUGCAGCCUUGAUGAGCGCUGGGCGCAGACACUUGAGUGUGUUUCAGGAAAAGGAAAAUGGCAGUGGGAGGGGGAAAUAAAAAAGCGUGUUCUUAGC